AUGCUAUCCAACAGACUCGGCCUUGAGAGUGUGUUUGAUGAGGUCAUCCUGGUGGAUGUGAUGGACAGUGAGGACCGCCUCCACCUUUCACUGCUGAGACGUCCUGAGCUUGGCAUCACCUUUACUAAGAUCCAUUGCUGGACAUUGACCCAGUUCAGCAAGUGUGUCUUUCUGGAUGCUGAUACGCUGGUUUUGAGUAAUGUGGAUGAGCUGUUUGAGAGAGAAGAGCUGUCUGCAGCUCCUGAUCCCGGCUGGCCCGACUGUUUCAACUCAGGCGUGUUCGUCUUCAGACCAUCUCUGCAGACCCACGCCGGGCUCCUGGAUCACGCCCUGCAGCACGGGAGCUUUGAUGGAGGGGACCAGGGUCUGUUGAACUCUUUUUUCAGUAGUUGGCCGCUGGCAGACAUCACCAAACACCUGCCGUUUGUCUACAACCUCAGUGCCAGCUCCAUCUACAGUUACCUCCCUGCUUUCCAACAGUUUGGCCAGAAUGCAAAGAUUGUUCAUUUCCUUGGUGCAAUUAAACCCUGGAGCUCCAGUCAGAGGGAUGUCAGCCACUCAAACACCAUGGAACAGUUUAUGUCACUGUGGUGGAAGGAAUACCGCAAUCAAACAAAACCAACUCGACCAGGGAACCAGCCCACUCAACAUGAGGAGAAACCACAGCAGGUCCAAGAACAAGAAGCCAAGAUGCCAGUUAGAGAAAACCCGGACAGCUCCAAUUCACUGCUCACACAAGUUCUACCUCCGACUGAGGAGCUUCAUCCACCGUUUGAACCACAGAUGUGUUCCCACACAGACAACACAAGUUCUGAAGACGACACAAGCUCAUGUGAGGACACUGAGAUCCAGGACUCGCCUCAGGUUGCAGAGGAUUUGGCGAGUAGCAAAACUGCUACAGAUCCUAAUGAAGACAGAGAGCAAGAGGAGCUGGAACGCCGCAUGCUGUGGGAGAACGGAAAGGCCGACUACCUGGGCAAAGAUGCUUUCCAAAACAUCCAGAAGAUGCUGGACUGUUUCCUGGAUUAGAAACCCACACAUGAGAAAACCUCUGUGACUACCAGUGUACCAUUCCUGUCUUUCUUCUUGAGGACCGGGAUUGUCUUUAAUCUUCUUCAUAUGCUAUCUUCUUUUCAACAUGACAACUAUCAAUAAACUAAA